GUCUCCAAAAACAUCCCUCGCCGCUGCCGUCUUUAAUCCGCCUUCUUCCCUGAAGCUGCCCUCUCAAUUGCCGCCAGAACACCUUCCAGAGUCCCCCUCAUACUCCCGCAGUCGCAACAAUGGGUUUCGUCGAAGAUGAGUUGAAGCAGCUCAAGAGCGUCCUCGGCUCUCUUGACACGCGCAUCAAGGCCCUCGAGGCGCGAGCUACUGGUUCUCCCGUCUCUACUGAGGAGAUUCGCAUGAUUCUCAUCGGUCCUCCUGGUGCUGGAAAGGGAACCCAGGCCCCCAAGAUCAAGGAGAAGUUCUCCUGCUGCCAUCUGGCUACCGGUGACAUGCUGCGAUCCCAGGUCGCCAAGAAGACUCCCCUCGGUGUCGAGGCCAAGAAGAUUAUGGACCAAGGUGGUCUGGUCAGCGACGAGAUCAUGAUUGGCAUGAUCCGGGAAGAGCUCAACCACAACCAGGAGUGCCAGGGCGGCUUCAUCCUCGACGGUUUCCCCCGAACAGUUCCACAGGCCGAGGGUCUCGAUGCCAUGCUUCAGGAGCGCAACCAGAAGCUCCAGCACGCCGUCGAGCUCAAGAUUGACGACUCUCUCCUCGUCGCCCGCAUCACUGGCCGUCUAGUCCACCCCGCCUCCGGCCGCUCAUACCACACCACCUUUAACCCCCCCAAGUCGUACAUGAAGGAUGACAUCACCGGCGAGCCUCUGAUCCAACGAAGCGACGACAACGCUGAAGCCCUCAAGAAGCGUCUCGUCACCUAUCACAAGCAGACUGAGCCCGUUGUGGGUUACUACCAGAAGACUGGUAUCUGGCACGGUGUCGAUGCCAGCCAAGAGCCUGGCCAGGUGUGGAAGUCUAUGCUCAACAUCCUCAACGAGAAGCGGGCUUAGAGCGGAGAGUUUGUGUCUGUGUGUCAUGAAGGAGUGGUGUAGCCGGUUGGCUCCACGUCGCUGGCGAGACGCCCCCGCCGAAGUUAUUUAAAAGAGUAGGCGGGGUGCGUCUUGGAUAUAUGAACGGUAUGGAUGAAAUGCAAACUGGCACGAAACGAGGGAAGGGGGCGAAAAGGGAGAAGGGGAGUCCAGUCCUCCAGGCCAAAGAGGCGUUAACGGUAGAGGGCUUUGCCCGGUGGCCUUGGGGUUCCUGUGUAGAUUAAAAGCUACCGAGACGACGCUUUGCCAUGUAUCACACUUGUCUUUUUUUACUGCUAGUUUCAAACAAACAAAAAGGUUUGGGCAUUUUGAAGCUCUAAGCUUUUUGAUAUACUUC